UGGAAAGUGUCCGGGUUUCCUGCAGCUGUGUGUCCGCCAUAGACUGCAGGCCCUUCAAGCACACACACGCAGUCUGCCCGCUCGUCUCCGCCGCUUUGUGACACACUUCAUCCCGGCGGGUCUGAUCUGAACACCGGGGAAAGUGCUGGAGCUUCAUCAUGGAGCUGGCCUCGGUUUAUGGUCUGGGGUCUCCUAAAGGAAAAGACGAGUCUGACAGAGGAGAAGAAGAAGAAGAGGAAUCUGAUAGAGAAGAAGAAGAGGAGUCUGACAGAGGAGGAAUGGAAGAAGAGGAGGACUGUGAGCCACUGUGUGGGGAUCCAUCAGAGCAGGAGGAAAAAGAUGAAGAUGGGUCAAAACCUGACUCCUAUCAGAAAGCUGACAAGUCCUUCACAGCAACAGGAAGUGGAGAUAAAUCUCACAGAUGUGACGUGUGUGGAAAAACCUUUGCUCGGAUCGGGCAUUUUAAAACACAUCAGCUGAUCCACACGGGAGUUAAGCAGUUCAUAUGUGAGCAGUGUGGAAAGUCUUUCACUCGAAUGGGUCAGUUAAAAGCACAUCAGAGCAGUGACGGUGGACCCAGCGCUGAGCCCUGUCAGCACUACACCAUCGUUAAACCGUACCAGUGUGACCAGUGUGGAAAAUCCUUCAGCAGCCAAAGAACCCUACAGAGACACCAGCGUAUGCACACUGGGCACAAACUGAACUACUGCAAAGAAUGUGGCAGAGGCUUUCCCACACCGAGUGCAUUAAAACGCCACGAACUCCUCCACAGGACUAAAAAGCACGUCUGUGACCAGUGUGGGACGUCAUUCACGUUUGCCAAAGGCCUGCGACAACAUAAACUAGCCCACGUUGAGGAAAGCAUUCAUAUCCAGACACUGGAAGAAAAGCUUCUCGUACUCACGUCGUCAUACACAUCGUGA